UCUCUCUCUUCUUUCUCUCUCAAUUUGAAUCCGCAUCUAGCGCCUUCGAUUCAAUUCCAAAACCCUAUCUCUCUUCUCUGUUACUGUUUCGUAUCUUCCAUUCGAUUCUCCUUCACUACCAUGAGGAAAGGAACUAAGAGGAAGACCAAGCACACCGAACCUAAUCAUGCACCACCAGAAGCGGCAGCGGCAGCACCACCGUCGGAAGAAAUCAACGACCAACCCCCCAAACCACCUCGAGCGAAGCGGGUCCGGCGCGUUAAACCCGAAUCCGAACCCGAAUACUUCGAGGAUAAACGCAACUUGGAAGAUUUGUGGAGGCAGACAUUCCCUGUUGGAACUGAGUGGGAUCAAUUGGAUUCUGUGUAUCAAAUCAAGUGGGAUUUCUCAAAUCUAGAGAAUGCAUUUGAAGAGGGUGGUAAACUGUAUGAUAAGAAGGUUUACCUAUUUGGUUGCACAGAGCCUCAACUCGUACCGUUUAGAGGGGAACACAAAAUGGUCGUCAUACCUGUUGUCGUAGCGGUUGUAUCACCAUUUCCACCAUCUGAUAAAAUUGGGAUUAACUCAGUUCAGAGAGAGGCUGAAGAGAUAAUUCCCAUGAAACAAAUGAAAAUGGACUGGGUUCCAUACAUUCCUUUGGAGAACCGAAGUAGCAUGGUUGAUAGACUGAACUCUCAAAUAUUUAUCUUGAGUUGCACUCAAAGAAGGUCUGCUUUGAAACACCUGAAGGUGGAUAGGCUAAAAAAAUACGAAUACUGCUUGCCUUAUUUUUAUCAGCCUUUUAAGGAAGAUGAACUUGAGCAGAGCACUGAGGUUCAAAUCAUUUUUCCAUCUGAGCAAAAGCCGAUCUUCUGUGAAUUUGAUUGGGAGAUGGAUGAACUUGAGGAGUUCACUGAUAAUCUCAUACAGGCAGAAGAAUUAUCGGAAGAUGAAAAGGGUGCCUUCAAGGAAUUUGUCAAGGAAAAGGUUCGAGAAGCAAAGAGAGCCAAUAGAGAGGCAAGAGAAGCUAGGAGAAAAGCCAUUGAAGAAAUGAGCGAGGAAACUAAAGCUGCCUUUGAGAGUAUGAAGUUUUAUAAGUUCUACCCUGUUCAAUCUCCAGAUACACCUGAUUUAUCAGAAGUCAAGUCUCCAUUCAUAAACAGGUAUUAUGGAAAGGCUCAUGAGGUUCUGUGAUUGGCUCCAACACAAUAAUGACUACCCUCCAGGCUUGCUCUGCUUAUCCCAACCAGUCGUUUUGUUCUAUAUGAAGUUCAGGAGGCAACCCCUUGGCGCCCCCAUUGAGUUUUCUUUAUCAUUGUAGUUGUCUAAAGUUGUAGGCCAGAAAUCCUAGUUAAGUGAACUAGGUUUUGAGAGGAAUCUGAGACAUGUUUUUGGCUUUAAUUUUGUAGAGAAUUCCUGGCUCUGGGAGCUGUAAUUUGCAUGGCUCGAGCUUGUCUUGGUUUUCUCCUAUAUAUACAAUUUUGUUUCCUUUCAAAAUUAGAUUCAUGACAUAUUUUCAAUUAGAUUUUAAAUGAAGAAAUAAAUUCAUUAUUGGUCGUUU